CACACCUCGUCUCGCUCCUCGCUUCUUGUAAUUCCGUUCCGGUUGAAAAUGGACGGCGAAGAGUUGACUGAGCAGGAGACCGCUCUUUACGAUCGCCAAAUUAGGGUUUGGGGCGCUGAUGCUCAGAGAAGGCUAAGCAAAGCUCAUAUACUAGUCUGUGGAAUUAAUGGGACUACUACCGAGUUUUGCAAGAACAUUGUACUGGCAGGAGUUGGUAGUUUGACACUGGUGGAUGAUCGGGUAGCGACCGAAGAGGCUCUUUCGGCUAACUUUUUGAUACCUUGUGACGAGAGUGUGUAUGGUGGGAAAGCUCUAACCGAGCUUUGUUGCGAUUCUCUGAAAGAUUUCAAUCCGAUGGUUCGUGUUUCUGUGGAGAAAGGUGACUUGUCAAACUUUGAUGGUGAAUUCUACAGCAACUUUGAUGUUGUGGUCAUCAGCUGUUGCUCUCUCUCUACAAAAAAACUGAUCAAUGAAAAGUGCCGAAAGUUAUCAAAGCGGGUGGCAUUUUACACUGUUGAUUGUAGAGACUCUUCUGGUGAAAUUUUUGUUGAUCUGCAACUCCAUAAAUACUCAAAGCAAAAACAGGAGGAAACAAUUCAAUGUGAACACAAUUAUCCAAGUUUUGAGGAAUCAAUUUCCGUACCGUGGAAAGCACUUCCCAGAAAAAUGUCAAAGCUGUACUUUGCUAUGAGAGUGAUAGAAAGGUUUGAAGAAGCAGAGCAACGUAAACCCGGAGAAGUAUCAGUUGCAGAUCUUCCCAGUGUUCUGAAAUUGAAGAAGGAAUUAUGUGAAACACAGUCGUUGAAGGAAUCUCAUAUUCCUGAUGUCCUCCUUGAAAGAUUUGUGACAUAUCCAGGAGAAUUUCCUCCAGUUUGUCCCAUUAUUGGGGGGAUCCUUGGGCAGGAGGUUAUCAAAGCAAUAUCAGGAAAAGGGGAACCUCUCAAGAAUUUCUUCUUCUUUGAUGCUAUGGAUGGAAAGGGCUUAAUAGAGGACCUAUCAAAUGCCAACACCGGAAGCUGAGCAUCCUUGCGGAGAGAAAAUCUGGGAUUGUUAAAACUUAAAAGUAGUUGAAAGUAGGACGGUUCUAAAUGCCAUAUAGUGUUGGUAAUAGACUUUUUGAGAGGCUUGACCCCCGUUCAGGUUGCUAGUGAACCUUACGUUCAAUGAUUGGCAAUGUACGUUCAGUCGAAGUUAUGAGUCUGAGUGCGUUGUUCAUCUGGUUGUCCAACUGUUAAACUAGUUAUCGGCUUCAAAACAUACCGAUGGCUGUACUUGAUGUUUCUUUCAUUUGUAUGUGAACUGCUAUGUGAAUGGAGUAUUAGGUCGCCACCAAAUCUAACU